CCUAUCACGGUACUCGUCCAAUCGUCAGGUGGUUUCCCAACUUUUUGGACAUUCGCGAUUGGUUCAGACUGCAUAGGCAGGCCAAGAGGGACACGGCUGAGUUAUGUUACAACGGUUUACAGAAUUGUUUUCCUCCUCGAGCAUGGCAAAUCAAUCAGAUCGAAGACGAUCAUGAAGACGAAAUCCAGUAAGUGUACGUAUACUAGUACAAAUGUGAGCGACAAAUAUAGGUCCGUAUCGUGCCCCAUUUUUCGGCACUUGCUCGCUGUCAUCAAGAAUCAUGUCACUCUACGGCACAGCCAACCCUCAUCGCCAAGAGCAAGACACUUAUCGCCAAGAGCAAACACUCGUCGCCAAGAAAAGGCGAAGAAGGCAAAAUAAAAAGACGCAUUUCGCGCCCCCAAGAAUGUCAGUAACCACGAUCUCCCAGCUUUUCCCACGCAAUUCGCAGCUCUUCCUGACCAACAUGGCGCGCCCUCGAGCACCCCAGUUCGCUGGCUUCGUAAUCCUUACGUUUCGCAUAAUCGCCAUCACGCUGUCUGUCAUCUUGCUGGCGAGUUGCAUUUACGAAACUGUCAACUGGGACGGUGACCACAAGACCUAUGGCAUGUCCUAUGCUGCGGCCAUCGUUGCUUUGAUUGUUGACGGAAUUGAGGUGGUCAGCCUCCUAGACUCCACACGAAAGAUCAAGCGCGUUCACCCUGGCUGCUUGGUCUGUGAAGACAUUAUUGUCGCCUGCCUUUUGGGGCCAUCUAUCGUCUUCAUCCUGUUCAGCGACUAUCGUCUGAGAGAUGCACCCAGUGAUUAUCCUAGGCCUUGGCGACAGGCAGACCAUCGAACGCUAGUGGUGACCACUGCUGCUCUGUAGGUGGCGCACAGGCAUUGCGUGGAAGACUAAGGGAGCUGAUCUCGUGCAGGAUUUGUAGGCCCCUGAUGGCCAUUUGGGGUUGUGUUGAUUGUUGCUGUGCUAGGCCAAGAGCUAGACCACCAGCGACCAGAUCUGAACCAUUACCCAGCAGCGACUGGGCACAAUCAGGGGAAGCUGAUGAAAGGAGUGUGAAGACAGUGCCGCCACCUUACUCUGCGCGGCCCGAAGAAGGACAAGCGGUGCCAUUGGGAGAGAUAACCACCACUCAACCGAAGUGAGUGCAGUGACUUGUGUAGCAUAUUACCCCAUAAUAUUAUUCAGAAAGCCCUGGUAAGGAACAACGUAAAUGCCAGCAAAAUUGUGUGA